GGGAGGUCAAGGGUCAGUGCCGAGCCGUGGAGGAGAUGGUGAAGCAGACGAUCCAGAUUUUCGCCAGGGUGAAGCCCACUGUCCGGAAGUACCAGCAAGGGAUCUAUUCUGUUGAUGAAGAUGAAAAAUCAAUACCGAGCUUGGAAAUUAUCUUGCCACGUGAUUUGGCAGAUGGGUUUGUGAAUAACAAGCGAGAAAGCUACAGAUUUAGAUUUCAAAGGAUUUUUGAUCAGGAUGCAAAGCAAGACGCCAUUUUCGAAAGCAUCGCCAAACCCGUGGCUGAAAGUGUCCUGGCGGGUUACAAUGGUACCAUCUUUGCGUACGGACAAACGGGCAGUGGUAAGACCUUCACCAUCACCGGCGGGGCAGAGCAUUACAGCGACAGAGGCAUCAUCCCAAGGACACUAUCCUACAUUUUUGAGCAGUUACACAAGGAUGGCAGCAAAAUGUACACAACACACAUCUCCUACUUGGAAAUCUACAAUGAAUGUGGUUAUGAUCUGUUGGACCCAAGACAUGAAGCCUCCAGUUUGGAAGAUUUGCCGAAAGUGACCAUACUGGAGGACCCCGAUCAGAACAUUCACCUGAAAAACCUGUCUCUUCAUCAGGCAACCACAGAGGAAGAGGCCCUGAACCUGCUUUUCUUGGGAGACACCAACAGAAUGAUUGCAGAGACACCUAUGAACCAAGCUUCGACUCGUUCUCACUGCAUCUUCACGAUUCACUUAACAAGCAAGGAACCAGGAUCUGCAACGGUCCGUCACGCCAAACUCCAUUUGGUUGACCUGGCCGGUUCAGAACGAGUCGCCAAGACUGGAGUAGGGGGCCAGCUUCUAACAGAGGCCAAGUAUAUCAACUUGUCCCUGCAUUACUUAGAGCAGGUGAUCAUUGCCCUUUCAGAAAAGCACCGCUCGCACAUCCCCUAUAGGAACUCCAUGAUGACCAGUGUCCUGAGGGACAGUUUGGGAGGGAACUGCAUGACAACCAUGAUCGCAACACUCUCUUUGGAGAAGAGGAAUAUCGACGAAUCUAUAUCUACCUGCAGAUUUGCACAACGAGUGGCGCUUAUCAAGAACGAAGCUGUUCUCAAUGAAGAGAUUGAUCCCAAGUUGGUGAUUCUCCGUCUGCAGAAGGAACUCCGGGAGCUGAAGGAUGAACUGGCCGUGAUCACAGGGGAGCCGAGGACGGAGGCGCUCACAGAAGCCGAGCUCCUCCAGCUGGAAAAGCUACUAACAUCCUUUUUGGAAGACCAAGACCCUGAGAGCAGACUAGAGGUUGGGGCCGAUAUGCGUAAAGUUCAUCACUGUUUUCAUCAUUUCAAGAAGCUGUGGAAUGAUAAGAGCCUGGGGAAAAAGAGUCCCAUCUCGGCUGAAGUCACAGACCAAGACCAAGUCACCCAAGACCCAUUCAAAGGGGAAGAGUAUAAAAAACUACAAGAUAUUCUAAAGCAGAGAGAUAAUGAAAUCAAUAUUUUGGUCAAUAUGCUAAAAAAGGAAAAGAAGAAAUCACAAGAUGUUCUUCACUUAUCUAGCACGGAUAGAAGUGAAUUGAGACCCUCACAGGGCUCUCCCCUCCUGCCUGGGAACCCUGAAGACAGUCAAAGGACAUUGCUAUCCUCAGCGCCCAGACAGGUCCAGGACAUCGGCACCUGGCAGCACAGAUCCAGUUUGCUCCACAAAAAAGCAGGGAUGGGAGAGGAAAUGUCCUUAGGACGCCAGGAGGCCUUUGAAAUCUUCAAGCGGGACCACGCUGACAGCAUUACCCUGGAAGACAACAAGCAGAUCCUGAAACAGAGAUUUUCCGAAGCGAAGACCCUGGGCGAAAGCGUAAAUGAAGCAAGAAGUAAAAUCGGCCACCUGAAGGAAGAGAUCGCCCAGGGGCACAUGCAGCAAAUGGAUCUAGGGAUCUCGGAAAACACGGCGGUGCCCUCGACGCCAGACCAGCGGGAGGAGAAGCUGCGCGCGCAGCUGGAGGAAGAAAAGAGGAGGUAUAAAACAAUGUUCACGCACCUCAAAGCCCUGAAGGUAGAGAUCGAGCACUUGCAGCUGCUGAUGGACAAAGCCAAGGUCAAGCUGCAGAAAGAGUUUGAAGCCUGGUGGGCAGAGGAGGCCACCAACCUGCAGACAAAUUCUCCAGCAGUGAAUUCACAUGAUCACACGAAGUCGUUCCCCCAGACACCUGAAUCCCAGCACGAACAGCCCUGGACUCCCUCAAAUAAAAGGGUCCCCGAGAGGCCGACAUCAUCCAUCCCGCUCACCGGGGACAACCAGACCGACUCGGACAUCUUGGCCUUCAUCAAGGCCAGACAGAGCAUUCUACAGAAGAAAUGCCUGGGCGUCUCCUGCCUUGAAUCUCAACCCAGCCCUUCCCCCAGCCCCACUUUCCCAUUUAACCUCUUCCCAAGAAUCCAACAGGCUUAG